GGUUUUGGUUUCACUUGUUUGAGCGCAUUGGUUACUUCUGGAGAUCUAGGAGAAUAUCCUUACACUGUGUUUUACAGGAAGGAGAGAAUGGGUUGUGAGGGAAGUGUUAUGGAGGACCCUGAUAAUGAAUAUGACUCCACAUGGGAUGAUGAGUGUGAAGAUCAGAAGUUCAGAAUGAUGAGGGCACCUAAGCAGCAGACAUGGACAGCACAGCGAAACCUGGAGGCUGCUCGGCAAAUGCAAAUCUUCAGGCAUGGGUACCGAUUAAGCAACUGUGCUAAUCAGUCACAUGGUCAAGGAAAUCAACGUUUACAUAAUCUUCAUUUCUAUCAGAAUCAAACACCAUUUCAGCCUGAUGGUGUAUAUAUUGAAGCAUUUCACAACCUCUGGUUUGGUGAUUACACAAGACUGGAAAGAGUGCACUCCUACAUUCAGUGGUUGUUUCCAACUCAAGAGCCAGGGGUAAAUUAUCAUGCACAUGUCCUUACCAUAACAGAAAUUAAGCAUUUCCGUGAGGAUAAGAAAGUAAAGAAAAGACUGUUAAAGUCUUACAAGCUCAUGUUGGACUUCUACGGCAUACAACUUGUGAGUGAGUUAACUGGAGAGGUGCAACGUUCAAGAAACUGGAAAGAACGUUUUGAAAACCUAAACAGAAACGCACACAACAAUCUUCGCAUCACCCGCAUCCUAAAGUGCCUGGGUUUACUGGGGUUCUGUCACUUUCAAGCACCGCUGGUUCAUUUCUUCCUCACAGAGACUCUGGUGAAUGGUACACUUCAACAAGUCAAGCAGAGCGUUCUGGACUACUUUGUCUUCACCGUUGUGGACAAGGCUGAACGAAAAAAGCUGAUCAGAUAUGCCUUCUGGAAUUUUGAGCCAAAACAGCAAUUUGUGUGGUGUCCUAGAAGGAUUCAAAGAACAUUUGUGAAAAGAUUACCAAAAACGAAACAUCCUUUGCAAAUAUUGGCUGAUGCCGGAAUGCACAACCAACCAGCUCAUAGCAGAGGGCUGGAAGUGCCACUCUCUAGUAAAAAUAGUGCAAAGAACAAGAGAGUAGGAAAUGCAGGCCACAAGAAAAUAGAGCCUAGGAACUCCCGUCCUUCAGCACAGAGCUACUCAUAUCGUCGCCCAAAACAAGCCAGAAUUGUCAGGAAGAACUUGUCAAUUUAAUUAUAGUGGCAAGUUUGCCAAGAAGAAGGUCCGGGCUCGAGCCCCGUGGCCGGCGAGGGCCUUUCUGUGCGGAGUUUGCAUGUUCUCCCCGUGUCCACGUGGGUUUCCUCCGGGUGCUCCGGUUUCCCCCACAGUCCAAAGACAUGCAGGUUAGGUUAACUGGUGACUCUAAAUUGACCGUAGGUGUGAAUGUGAGUGGUUGUCUGUGUCUAUGUGUCAGCCCUGUGAUGACCUGGCAACUUUUCCAGGGUGUACCCCGCCUUUCACCCAUAGUCAGCUGGGAUAGGCUCCAGCUUGCCUGCGACCCUGUAGAACAGGAUAAAGCGGUUAGAGAUAAUGAGAUGAGAUGAGUUUGCCAAGAAAAGCAACACAAUUACCUCAGUAUACACAGUAGAAAGUAAUUUAAUUUAGGUGUCAUUUAUUUGCUACCACACAGUUAAGCUAAUGUUAGCUAAUUCAUGCUGGUGUAUCCAUUUUAUCCUCUAGCAAACUAACAAUAAACAUGGCCGAAAGUCAGUGCCAUGGUUGCACAUCUGGUGCCAUGGUUGCACAUCUGAUCCAACACCAUCUGACAAACAGCACAUCUCACCCAAGAACUAACAUUAUCCUGUGUUCAACAGCAGUCGUGUUCACCAUACACUGUAACCCCACUAUAAUGAACUCUUUUACUAUGAAGUUUCGCAUAUCAUGAACUAAGUUCAUGUCUCCCUUGCCUUUAGUGACAAUGAGUCGGAGUCUUCAAAAUAUAUCAGUGUGUCAUGUCCACACACAUUGGCACUUGGAGCACGCAGUGCUAUUAGGACUAAUUACAGUGCUAUGCACCUGUUCCAGAUUAGAGCGCAAUCACAGCACGCACUGAUGAGGACUCUCUAAGGACCCAUCCACACAAGUACGUUUUUGUCGAAUCCGCAUAAAUACUUUAUCAUUUCGGCCUCGCGUCCAGACAGAUCUGGCUUUUUCGAGGUGUGAAACCAGUAUUUUUUGAAAACGGGUCCCAGAGUGGGAAAAUCCUAAAACGCUGGAUAGCCUGGAGUCGUCUGGACGGCAAAUGCGGAUUUUUUUCAGAAACAAUGACGUAUAAGCCCCGCCUCUCUAACCUUUAACCUCAGCCACUGCCGCUAGACGCGUCAUAACAACAACAAUGGCGGACUACAGGCUUGUGCUUGUACUGCAGAAACAACUCUCAGAAUUGCGCUGGCCAUGAUAGUCCUCUUCUCGUGUUAUGAGCUUGUUUGUAAACAGCGCGUGACCUUUAUACGCAUGCUCCAUGGCUUCUCUUCCAGUUUUAGUGUAUUGGUGUGGCGGCGUCACAGCGCCACAUACAGGCCUGGCAUAUGUACUACAGCGUUUUGGGUCGUUUCCAGUGAAUCCCUGGGGACACAGAUAUUUCUGGAAACGACGCCAUGUUUACGGAGAUUUUUUCAAAACGACAGCGUAUUGGGUGAGGCCGCAUACACGUGUGGACGGGCCCUAAAACACAAAGACUUGGCAAAGUAGACGCACUGUACCUCGUGUCUCACAUUACCAAGCCUUGCAUCUGUGUAUUGCCAUUCUGGUUUUGACUUCUGUUUUGUGUAUUUGGACUCUCCCUCUCGUUGUUGUCUCUGCCAUUCUGUUUGUGCCUCGCUUGACCAUUGCCCAUUUCACGACCCUUCCUUUGUCUUAUGUUUUUGAACCGUUUGCCUGUUUGUUUGUCAUUAAACACCCUUCCUGCAAUUACAUCAGUCACUCGCUUGCUUACAUGACACACUGAGCCACUCUUCCCACUAGAGACAAACAAUAAGUAGUCAAUCCGCAGUCAAGUUAACAAUACAUGUUACGGCCAUAAAACAAAGGCUUCACGAGCCUCGCUUAAGUUUCGAUCACUAACAAUUAUCAAGAAUGGUGAUCAAAGAAUCGAUAAAAGGACAAAAUGACUGCUGAUACCAUGAAACCUAACACCGAGUUCAAGCGUUCUGGUGGCGUUUUUAUUACCCCCUGCCAUGCCACUGACAUAAAUGACAUCAUCAGUGAUUUGCAACACAUGAAAUCAAUUGAAUGGUGAAGAUUUAGAAAACAUAGUGAGUCAGUGGAAGGACAUUGACAGCGAUGCAUCGGAAACCUUUGUCAUUUCCAUAACCGAUGAAGAAAUCAUCAUCUCCGCUUGUGAUCCUUUAAAUCAGUCAGUGAACUGUGAUAGUGACUUGGAAGGAGAAAUUCACAAUAAGGAGAAUGUUCUGCAUAUAACAUGAGUGUUUGGUGUGACAAGUAGGUCCAUUUCAGUAUUACAAACUUUUCAGUAUAACAAACUGUUUGGACGUCCACCAAGAAGUUCAUUAUAGCGGGGUUGCAGCGUCCAUCCAUUAUCUGUAACCGCUUAUCCUGUGUAGAGUUGCGGGCAAGCUGGAGCCUAUCCCAGCUGACUAUGCGGGAGAGGUGGGGUACACCCUGGACAAGUCGCCAGGUCAUCGCAGGGCUGACACAUAGAGACAAACAACCAUUCACACUCACGGUCAAUUUAGACCCACCAAUUAGCCUAACCUGCAUGUUUUUGGACUGUGGAGAAAACCCACACAGACACAGGGAGAACAUGCAAACUCCACACAGAAAGGCCCCUGUCGGCCACUGGGUUUGAACCCAGAACCUUCUUGCUGUGAGGCGACAGUGCUAGCCACUACACCAUGCUGCCUGUUUAAAUAAAAGUCAGUGCUAAUUAUAGUUGCAGUGCAAUUGUAUGCAUAGGGAGACUUUUUUUAAAGAGAUAAAUUACACAUCUGAGGAAAUUGUUGAUAUUUUGUACUGUUCUGCAUCAUUUUGAAUCUCACUGCGUUUUUACAGUGGUCGGAGUUAAAGUGGGAUAGAGCACAUUCACCUUUGAUUUAAUUAUUAUUACUAUUAUUUUUAGCAAUUCUACACCUUUUUCAACAAUAUUUACACUAGUAAGAAAUGAAAAAUAUUGACUAUUGCACUUUUAAUCAGAUGUAGAGUAAGAUUUUAUGAAACAUUUUUCGCCAAAUCUACACCUAGAAGAAUAAUUACUUUGUCCAUUUUAGAUUUUAAAAAAGUGCUUAUGAUUAUGAGUCAUUUGAGAGUCAAUUAUUAUUGAGAUGAACCAAAUGAUAUGACUCACUGAAAAGAAGCAGAAUUCACAUUAAACUAGAAAAGCACUCGGAGAGCGCAGACCUCCGCCAGGAAUCCUUUAAAAAAUUCCGGGAUCCAGAAGGUGAUCCGGAUCACCGCCAAAAUUUAAUGGAUUGUUACAUGUGCCCAGUCACACCUCUGGAAAAAAUUUCAGAGCAAUCCGUUCAUAACUUUUUCCGGAAUGUUGCUAACAGCAAACCAACAAACAAACCAACGCUACCGAAAACAUAACCUCCUUGGUGGAGGUAAUUAAUCAAAAGCACAAUAUGAGUGCAACACACACACACACACACACACACACACACACACACACACACACACUACUGUGGCUAACCAUUAUUAGCACUGUCUGUACACUCAUAUUUAUGAAUAUCACAAAACAGGAACAGAACAGCUGGGUUAUGUUAGCAUCAGGGUACUGGUACUAGUACUAUUCCUCACUACAGUCGAACUGUAAUUAUAAAUGAAAGAUGCAAGCCUUCCAAUAAACUGUACUGUUGUUGUUGUU